GUUCGUGUGGCUCAUGGUAGGUUGCAGAGCAGGUGAAGUGUUGACUGUGGUUCAUAGGGCAACAAACAGCAGCGUAUGCCGCCGGGGGACAUCAAUGGUGGAGUACGCGUCCAUUCAGGGAAAGGUCUGAGAGAGACCAUUACUGGGGCUUACAUGGAGAGCGGAAACUGAAUAUGAGAUUAACGUCCUUAAUGAUGUACAUAUCUCCGGUUCUGCUAUUUAUUUUGUAUGUAUAUACUGAAUUUUCUGAAGCUGCACCUCGCAUCAGCCCCUACGAUGCGUCGCCUAUCUCCAGGAAGCCCGGCUCAGCCUCCGACACCUGGGAGACCUUCCACACCGACAUGCCUCGUAGUUUACCCGAGAGCAGGUUCGCUCUCGGGCCUCUAGCCGGACUCACACCGUCGCCUGCCAUCGUUUAUGCCGGACCGACCACCACUACUAGCCCUAUUUCUAAAACUGCAACCACCUUCCAGCCUCCAACAACGGACCCGACCACCACCACCACCUCCACUACUACUACCGCACCUGAUACUGGAAUCAUUUCAGCCAUUAAAGAACAAGUAACAGCGCCGAUUUCAGGAUUAACCGGCGCACGCAAAAGAUCCACCGAUGCACAAACAUCACUUUUUGCUCCGGAGAAAAUGCUGCAGACCAUGGUGUCCAUGGUUUCUCAGCGCACAGCAAACGAUGCCUGGGCUGCAGAUACUAUUGGCACAUCUGUUACCUCAAUAGAGAAUAGUCAAGAGGGCCUUUGUAACUGCAGCAGUGGUGGUGAGGGGAUUUUGGAUCCGGACGAGUGUGAUCAGAUCACCGGUCAGUGUUCGUGUUUGUCGGGCUACGCUGGUCUGCAGUGUGAGGACUGCGAGGAGGGAUACUUCACCAACGGCACCAGCGGCUGCCUGCCCUGCGCCUGCGACUCCUUCGGUGCAGUGAAUCACCUCUGUGACAGCUCAGGGAUAUGUGUGUGCAAGAUGGGAGUGUAUGGACCCAAGUGUGAUGAAUGCCACCCAGGUUUCUUCCACUUCAGCAGCACUGGCUGCCGGCCCUGCCAGUGUCACAACCACACCAACUACUGCCAUCCACAGUCCGGAGUGUGUCUGAACUGUGAGGGCAACACCCAGGGAUCCAACUGUGAGGAGUGUAAACCUGGUUCCUACCGCAGCCCUGGAACUACCCUGAGCGAAGCCUGUGCACCGUGUCCCUGCUCCAACUCCACCUCCACCGGCACCUGUCACACCGAUCCCAGUGGCUCCCCAGUGUGUGACCAGUGCCUUCCCCGGUACAGCGGCCCACAGUGUGUCGAUUGCAGCGCCGGCUUCUACAAAGCAUCUCGGGUUUGUGUUCCGUGUGACUGCAGUGGGAAUGCAGACCCUCAGGGCCCCGCCCAGCUCUGUCACCCCGACACCGGCCAUUGCCUCAGCUGCAUCAACAACACCACAGGGCCCCAGUGCCAGCUCUGUGCUCCGGGCUUCAUAGGGGACGCCCAAGCACAUAACUGUACCCGUCCAACACCCCGACUCAUUCCCACACCAGCAGGUACAACAACAACAGAGGCCCCCACAUCGAGUACACCCUCCCCCCCCUCGCCCACCACCAGCACCACUUUGACCUCCACCACAGCAAGAGGUGUCCCAGCCUCCACGUCCAGCAGCAACACGAGCACCGCUGCCACCACCCAGGCCCUGUUGACCAGCCUGAGCAGCCCCACCGACAACACCACAGCGGCCCUGACCGAAGUCUCCUGGACGCAGUUCAACAUCAUCAUCCUGGCCGUCAUCAUUCUGGUGGUGCUGCUGCUGCUGGGCUUCGUCGGAGGCGUGUACACCUACCGGGAGUACCAGAACCGCAAGCUCAACGCUCCCUUCUGGACCAUCGAACUGAAAGAGGACAACAUCAGCUUCAGCAGCUACCACGACAGCAUCCCCAACGCUGACGUGUCAGGCCUGCUGGAGGACGAGGCCAACGAAGUGGCUCCCAACGGCCAGCUGGCACUCACCACGCAGGGCAACUGCUACAAGGCUUAGCGCUCCAUCCAUCCCUAGACUGGACACCUAGAUUUACAGAUGACACAAAGCUGCUGGAAAGUACCAAAUCCAAAGCUCCUUCAUGUAUGACUGCUUGUUGUUACCCUGCUGGUCUGCGGCACUUCACAACGCUUGGCAAACUGACAGUGAGAUCAAGUAGAUGUGAUCAAAGAUAUGGAAAAGAGACGCAGAGUUUUCCCUUUUUGAUAUGAUUUCAUGUGGAAUGGGCGAUCAGUGAAAUAGGUCCAAAGAAAAAAGUGUUUUGUUUGAGUUGUGCCUGCAGAGGGCACUGUUGUGCAGAUUAGUUAGGUAAUUGGCAUGGUGUGAGACCGGUGCAAAGCACACACCUGUUUGUGGAAACAAUGAUCCUGACACUGGUUAGAGGACUUGCAGGAACCUAGCAUUUCAGAUAUUUUUAAAAUGGACUUUUGACUGUUUAAGUUAUAACUGGAUCACUUGAACAGUGAUCUUAAACUGAGACAAUGAUUGUUAUUUAAUGAAUUUUUAUUCAGUUCUUAUUUAUUGGUUGAGGUUUCAUUCUCGGGAGAAAUGCUGCACAUGUAUGAUGUGUUUAUUCAUGGUGUUUUCUCUUACGUGCUGUCGAAUGGUAAUUGGAAUUGGCCGGUAUGUUUUUAUGUAUAGUUUGUGUGUUUUGGAGAGAGUCAUGGGGGAGGUGAAGGCUACUGACACAAGCAUUUUAAUGACCUCAUCUUUAUCUUUAUGGCUUCCUGUCUUUUGUUAAAGCGUGCCAGCUCACCUGAAGUAUCUAAGAGGAGUGUUUCUUUUAAAGAAACCACAACUGUCACAACUCUCACCACUCGCGUUUCUGCAGGGUAGUGACUCAUACUAGGCUUGCGUAAACCACCAUAAUCUACUUUUAAUCUAAUCUGUUCUUUGCUGCCUACCUCAGCAAAAGUUGUCUAAAACAUAAACCGUAUUCUAGUAUUGAUACUGUUGUUAUGCAGUAAAACCAGCCUGCACAUGAUAACAUUUCCUCAGCCUACUGGUCAUUGUUAUAUCACCUUCGAUCAAGUUGCAUCAGCUUAAACAGUAAGUGGCUAUAAAAUUGAUGUACUCCAAAGCUUCACACCUGAGACUGGAAAUGGAUACCAUGUUUUCUGUGUUGUUCAGGCUACCAUUGAUUGGGUGCGCUUCAUUUUAACAUGGUGAAUGAGUAAAGCUAAUUAUGGAACUAACUCCUCAGGUACUGGCUCUUUCCCUAAUGUGAUCACUGUAAAUAUGAUUAUUGUACAGAUGAAUGUGAAUAGUAGCACUAUUAUUGUACAGGUAGAAUACUGUGUGUACACUGUCAAUCAACAAGCCCCCAAACUUUCACUCUCCAGGGUGUGAUUUUGCAGUCAGCCCACAGCUUUUUGUAUUUUUAUUUCUUAUUCUCAGUGGAUUUUGCCAUAUACACAGCUGCAGGACUAAAAUGCACCACCUAGAACUCAAAACAAAAAAUAAAAUGAUGUAAAUAAUAACCCAAAGUCAGAGCUCAACUCUUAAAUAAAAAUGGAUUUAAAGGUCCAGUGUGUAACAUUUAGGAGGAGCUAUUGGCAGAAAUGAAAUAUAAUAGUAUACAUAGUAUAAAAGUAUGUUUUCAUUAGUGUAUAGUCGCCUGAAAAUAAGAAUCCUCUUUUCAUUCCCUUAGAAUAAGGCGCUUUUAUCUACAGAGGCAGCGGGCCAUGUUGCACCGCCAUGUGUCUAGGGCCGUUCGCGUUUUUCGGCGUAGUUUCUCCUACACGCUUGGAAGGGGAGGGUGAGGCGAGCGGUAUUCAAAUGGUUGCGAAAUCCAAUUUCACCACUAGAUGCCACUAAAUCCUACACACUGGACCUUUGACUGGUGUCUUUCUGUUUCUCACAUACCUUUUCAUUUAAAUCACUGCCACAUUUUAGAGAUCCCCUCCAGAGGUAUUUGAAGACAAAAAAAAAAAAUACUCUGCUUGGAAUAAUAAUAUGAGUCUGGAUAUGGUUUUUCCACAAAAAAAAGUUUCAAAAAUCUUCCAAACUAGUUGUGAUGUCACAAAAUCCUGCUCAAAUGUCCAUGUGUUAAACUGAGAUUUAAGGUGAGCACAGAAACGCUUUCCCCCUUCGGCCUUCUAGUGUCAAACUAUGUACAUACAUUGUUCUGCACAGUGAAGCUCAAACAUAACAGUGAAGUAACAAUAAGAAAAACACACUUUUGAAUUAGUGAUGUAAUUAUUCUGUUUCACCCACAUUGAUUCUGCAGAUUCCGAAUUCCUCCCAUGUUGCCCCUCUCUUGUUUACACUUUAUUUUAUGCUCCAGUACAAGGUUUGCAUUUGCUGCUGCAGGUUAACCGCUGCUAACUUAUCUACAGCAACCUGGCCAUCACUCUGCCCAUGAUCUCCCAUCCUCAGUCACAGCUGCAGACUCUCCAUAUUAUUCUGAUUGUAACUCCACCUUUUCCUCUGAUGCUCUGCCUUUCACCCAACUGUAGUCUGCUCCAUCCACCGCUUGAAGCCUGCUUUUCUCUUAACACACAAACACGCACUUCUUGUUACUGUUGUUACCAUGUUAUUAAACUGCUAACAGGAGGGAUCUUGUA